CGCAGAUCGCCUCACUGUGUUUCCCUUGUUGGAAAACGAACAAAGUCAAUGAGUCAGACGUUUAUCUUUAAUUUUUUUCCUUUUCGUUUUUAUUUGUAAAUAUAUGUAUAAAACUCCGCUUCAGCCAACUAGAAUUACAUCUUGCGAUUUCUUGAAGAAACAAGUCGAGGAAUCUCAUUUUUCAAGAGGGACCAGGCAGCGGGAUUAUGAUUUGAAUCAAAAGGACGGACGGAAUUGUUGUCUCCUAACAGGAUGAAUCUUCUGCUGCUCCAUGCCACUGUGUUGCUGUGGGCUUUGUGCCCCAGCAUGCAGAACUACUGUGAUAAAUCAUCUGAGACAAGCAAACUAAAUCUCUCUGUGACCUAUGAGCUCCCAACCUUCACUGCAGACUUCCCCAUCCAAAACAUGGUGACCCUGGAAGGCAUCAUCUACGUUGGAGCUGUGAACAGAAUCUACGCCUUGGCCCCAAACCUCACAAAACUGUCAGAGUACCAUACAGGGCCCCUGCUUGCCAGCCAGGCUUGUGGCCUGACACAGACAAGAACGGGCAGCACCAGUGGGGUUGACAACCACAAUAUCGCUCUGGUGGUGGAAAACAUUUACGAUAAGGGAUUGUACAGCUGUGGUUCGGUAGAUAAUGGCGUGUGCCGCCGUCACGUCCUGGAUGACGGCAAUAGCCUAAAAGCUAUUGACGAGGAAGUCUACUGCUUUGCAGACAAAGUGCAGCCAGGCCAGGGCCACCCCAUUGAUGCAGAUGUUGUUGUCAGCCCAUCAGGUUCUCAAGUGCUCAACGUGGAGAGCAAUGUCAUCACAUUUUUUGUUGGGAAUUCUGAGAUUCCUAAGGCAGGAAACAUAUCAGGCAGUGUCUUGCGUCUGCACACCAUCUCACAGCGGAAGAUGAAGACGAGUCAAAAUGGCUUCACUUUUUUUUCUAGCCUUUCAUACAUGGAUCUGAUCCCCUCUCUCCAAGGACACUACUACCUGCGAUACGUUUACUCCUUCCACAGCGGACCCUUCACCUACUUCCUUACGGUGCAGCAAGUGAGCAAGGACACUCAAGCCUACCACACCCGCAUAGUCCGCAUGUGUUCCUCAGACCUCGUGAUUCGGCGCUAUGUGGAAAUGCCCCUGGAGUGCAUCAGCACGAACAAAAGACGCAGACGCACCACUGAAGAAGUGAAGGUGUUCAACAUCCUUCAGGCCGCCCAUGUCACCAAGGUGCGCAACGACGCAGAACUGCAGAAUCAACUAAAAGUGGAAGACAAUGAAGAUGUGCUUUUUGCCGCCUUCGCUCAGGGCCAGCCAGGCUCUCCGGAGCCGACCCCAAAUUCGGCUGUCUGCGCCAUGUCUCUGAAACACAUCAACAACUUGUUCAAGAUGUACAUGCAGAAGUGCAACACCAUUGAUCCGUACCACUUCACUGGCUCGGAAAGGAAGUCCUGCUACAAUAUGACUUCCUCAGACGACUGUGACCCCCACGAAGGAAUCCAUGAGGGAAAGGAGGGCAUGUACCGGCUGCAGGUGACCCAGUUUGUCCAGAGGCUGGAGUACUGGCACAAAGACUUGAAGAACACCUUGGUCACGUCGAUUACAGUGGUUCCAGUCAAUGGUCGCACAGUGGCGUACCUCGGCACAGCAGAUGGACGACAUAUACAGGUACUCUUCUCCAGGUUUACGUCGCCCCAUGUGAACAUCGGCUUGGACUCCAGACCCGUCUCUGCCAGUGUAGUUCUGCCAGACAAGCCGCACUCUGAGGGAGCCUUGCUGAUGGCCACAGGGAACAAGAUCACUAAGAUCCCUUUGAUUGGCCCAGGCUGUGGUCAGCUGACCACGUGUAUAUCUUGUUUGCUGUCAUCCAAAGUGACACAGUGUGGCUGGUGUGAUGGUCGCUGCACCAGAAGGCUUCAGUGUCCCUCCUCCUCUGGCUGGAGUCAGGACAACUGCACACCGGUCAUCACUAAGGUGUUCCCAUCAUCUGGACCAAUCAGGGGUACUACAACCAUAACCAUUUGCGGACGGAACUUCGGCUUCGACAAGACAGAGAACUUCAAACCCUCGAUGGUGAACGUGGAAGUGGCAGGAGCUCAGUGCAAGCUAGUUAGACAGGACAAUGUCCACAGAUGGACUGAGAUGCAGUGUUCCCCGACGUACAGUGGGAACUUCACUCUGUCCAGACACUUGGUGAAGGUCACCAGUGGCCAUGCAGUGGCCAAACUGGAGGGCUUCAAAUUUGUGGACCCUGUGAUCAACGACAUCUUUCCCACAUUUGGUCCAAAGUCUGGUAACACCAUGUUGACUAUCAGAGGAGCCUUUUUGGACACUGGAAACAAACAAGUGGUGACUGUAGGGAAGGCAAGCUGCAAGAUCCAAAGCGUGUCGUUCUCCAUGCUGACCUGUAAGACGCCACCGCACACACACGCCGUCCCCUCGGAGCAGCCGGUGAAGUUGACGGUGGAUACAGUGGAACGCCAGGCGCCCGUGCCUUUCACCUACAACGAGGACCCGGUCAUCAGCAGCAUCCAGCCGCUGCGCUCCUUCGUGAGCGGAGGCUGCACCGUGUCGGCUCAGGGCUCCUACCUCCAGUCCGGCCUGCAGCCUCAGAUGGUUCUCAGGACGGCUCAGGACGCCGCCGUCUUCCACGUGAGCUGUGUGUAUGGUGAAAACCGGACGUCCAUCCAGUGCACCACGCCUUCCCUGGCUAAGCUACCUCUGCAACCGCCGGUGGUCACCAAGGUGGCAUUUGUCCUGGACGGCUACUUGACAGACCAGAAGGACCUGAUCUAUGUGGAGGACCCCCUGUUCCAGGACCCCAAACUGACAUCCAAGGACAACAAGAGCAUCGUGGAGCUCAAAGGCGACCGGAUGGACAGGGAGGCGAUGAAGUGCCAGGUCCUGACCGUUUCUAACCACAGCUGCGAGAGUCUGACGGUGGUCGGAAACAUCCUGGAGUGCACCGUUCCCACCCAGCUGCAUGCCGCCACUGCCAAGGAGCUGCAGGUGGAGUGGCGCCAAGCGGACUCCAUCAGGCAUCUGGGCAAGGUGACACUGGCGCAGGAGCAGGACUACACAGGCCUCAUCGUAGGCUGUGUGUGUGUCAGCCUACUGCUGCUCUUUCUGGGAUCACUGCUGAUGUGGAAGAGGAACAAGCAUAUCGAUGAUCUGUCUGAGGUGUGGUAUGAUGGCCGGGGUCACAUCCAGCAUCUGGACAGGCUGGCUAAUGCAAGGAGCGUCAGCCCCACUAACGAAAUGGUCUCCCACGAAUCAGUCGACUAUAGAACAACCCUGCUGGAGGAUCAGGGUGUUGACAGGCCUGAGACAUGUCGGGCAGCUCCUCCUAUCUACAGAGCCGAUGGGGAGCUGCUGUCUCCCAGACUGGGAACACUGGGAGGGGGGCUGGGCCUGGGCAUGGAAGGCGACCUGGUGUCCCCCUUGUUGAUGGCUCCAGUUCACAUCGAUCCGUCCUGUCUCCACCCGGACCUGCUGACUGAGGUGCAGCAUGUGGUGAUUGCAAGGGAGCAACUGCUGCUUCACGUCAACCAGAUCAUCGGCAGAGGACACUUUGGCUGUGUUUUCCAUGGAACGUUGCUGGAGCCGGAUGGGCAGAAACAGCAUUGUGCUAUCAAGUCGCUAAACCGAAUUACAGACUUGGAAGAGGUUUCCCAGUUUCUGAAGGAGGGUAUCAUUAUGAAGGACUUCAGCCACACCAAUGUUCUCUCUCUGCUGGGCAUCUGCCUUCCACCUGAGGGUUCACCGCUGGUGGUCCUGCCCUAUAUGAAGCAUGGUGACUUGCGCAACUUCAUCCGUGACGAAGUACAUAAUCCAACAGUAAAGGACCUGAUGGGCUUCGGACUGCAGGUUGCCAGGGGGAUGGAGUACCUCGCCAGCAAGAAGUUUGUCCACCGUGACCUGGCUGCCAGAAACUGCAUGCUGGAUGAGAGUUACACAGUAAAGGUGGCAGACUUCGGCCUCGCUAGAGACGUUUACGACAAAGAAUACUACAGCGUCCACAAUAAGAGCGGCGUCAAGCUGCCCGUCAAGUGGAUGGCCCUAGAGAGUCUCCAAACACACAAGUUCACCACCAAGUCAGAUGUGUGGUCGUUUGGAGUCCUGCUGUGGGAACUGAUGACCCGUGGCGCCCCGCCGUACUCUGACGUGAACUCCUUUGAUAUCACCGUGUUCCUCCUGCAGGGCAGGCGGCUGCUGCAGCCAGAGUUCUGCCCAGAUGCUCUCUACACGGUGAUGAUUGAGUGCUGGCAUCCUAAGCCAGAGCGCCGACCUUCCUUCUCCGAGCUGGUGUCCCGCAUCGCCACCAUCUUCUCCAGCUUCAGCGGGGAGCACUACGUCCUCCUCAACACGACGUACGUCAACAUCGAGAAGAUGAGCCCGUACCCCUCCCUUCUUGCCUCCACGUCAUCUUCCUCAGACUCCUCUUCUGAGCCCUGCACCUCCUUGUCCCUGCCCUCCCAGUCCCCGCUCCUCUGCCGCAAGGACCAUGAAUGUUGCACCUGAAACAGGAAGGGAAGUAGUGGGGCCGAUCGUCAACUGAGAGAUGGACUCAGAAAGCAGGGAGCUACUGUCUAUAACUUGCCAAACACUGGACGGUGCGUGUAGAGGACACCAGGGAUUCUUUGGAGCUCUGAGUAAUCAGGAUACUUUUGGAAACCUCAACGUGGCGCAGAGCGAACCUGUUCAGCUCCUACCACAACCUCUCAGUGAGCAUAGCCAUAGACUUUCACAGGACAGAGGAACUCUGUCACAGAGGGGGAAGGGAGGGCAACAACUUUUUGAAUCCACAAAAUGGAAAACAACCUUUUUGUUUUCCACUUAACUGGAAAACAAAAAGGUUGCCUGUGUGAAACACCCAGUUGGCUCCUGGGUUAGUUAAUCAUAUAUCAGAGAAACAACUACAGUUGUUACACUUGAACAAAUGUGGAUGCCCUCUAAGAGAGAAGAAAGACAACAAUGUAAGUUACCUCUUAAAACACUAGAUGGUGGUGAGAUUUUGACAGUCUGCAGGUGGUUAAUGCUUCAAAGGUGUGUUCUUCAAAACAUUCUUGAUUGUUUUCUUCAAGUAAGGAGCGACUGUCCUCAGGAUGUAUUGUUUUUAAUAAGGUGUGCCUUGCAAAAUUACACAGACCCCCUGGGUUCUUUCACCAUGUGUCACAUUGCAACACCACUUCACUAUCCCACUAUGCUCUGGCUGAAUGUUCAGGGUUACUGUUGGAAGGUGAACCUUGACCUGAAUCGCCUGACUGUACUGUAUUUCAGAUUCCCAUCAAAUAUGAGCAGUUUCCCUCUUUUUCCUGAUGGAAAAACAUCUGUAUAGCAUGACAACGCCAUGACCACUUUUCACCAGAGGGUGGUGUGUUAGUUUCCCAUGUCAUCAAAAGCAAAAUUUUGGUCUCAUCUGACCAUGUUUGCUAUCUUCCCUCCAAGAGUAGCAGAAUCAUUUUAUUUGUACUACUUUAAAGACACAGCAAAUUUACAAAUUCACUAAAAUGACUUCCAAAGGCGAUUGAUUGCGCAAGUGGGUUAAAAAUACAUGUCAGAUUUUAUUUGGGCAACUUUUUUUUAAUUUUUUACGUUUGUUAUAACAGUCGCUAUGUUCUGAGCAGAGAAUAUGAGACAGAUAAUCUGAAAAAAAUCAAGCUCCUCUAUCUUCUCCCUGUGGUCCUAGUGCCAUUUGCAGAAAUGUAGCACGCCCAGUCAGAAACAACCAAUCAGAGCCAGGAGGAGGGUCCUUAGCAUCGUAAGUCACACUCAAUGUUGUUCAAGCUCAAGAUUGCCGGUGUGCAGCUGCAGCUGUGUUAAUGGUGGGGAAAGACUAUAACAUAACAGGAAUUUACUCCUAAUUUCUUGAGGCGUCAGCUUGCUCCACUGUGGGGGAGGAGCCAGCAAGAUGGGCUUGUUCAAAUUUUCCCCAAUGUUCUCAGAACUCCCUUGUGUAGCCAUGUAUUACUUUCAUUCUGCUUCAUCAACACAAACUACCUUGUACUGGUCUUCAAAAUAAAAAUCCCUGUAAAUUACACCGAUCUUUGCAAUUGUAAUGAGACAAAAUGUAGGAAAAGUCCAGAGGGUGUGAACACUUUUCAGAGGGGAUUGCGGUAGUUUCACUGAACUGAUCACAAAUGGGCAUAAGCUUGUAAACCACUCAGUGAUCAAUGUUAUGUUAACGAUUGUUUCAUGUAGCAGUUUCUUUGGGUCUGGCUGCCAGUGCAUUUGGACAUGGACACAUGUUUGAUCUGAUGAGAAAAAAAAAUUCCGUACUAUAUUUUUGUAUAUGACUAAAUUAGCCUCUUCAAUUAAACACGUUCCAAUGGAAAGAGCAUUAUAAACCAGUUGAACAACCUUUUUUAGUUUUGAUAAAUCACUGCCAUUUUGUAGAUAAUAAAGCAGAGCACAGUUCAGAGGAUGUUUGUUUGGCCUCUGGCUGUUUUUGCCAGAUCACAUUAAAAGAACAGAACGAUGGAGGAGAAAAAGAACAAGACCUUCCUCCUGUUACAGAAAGACUGCCGUCUCCUCGAUCACGUUCUCUACCAUGUUGUUGACGUUUAACACUCAUUGUUGUACAGUAUGUGUGCAUAUCAUUUUGUUUUGUCUCUAAAAAUUAUUGAAGGUACAUGUUCCUACAUGAUGUAUAAUAAACCUUGUAAGGGUAAUAAAGCUAUGAUUUAAAUGUUUCUUUUU